GGAUUGACUACUCACUGAAAUGAUAGAUAUAAUGGUGAGAUGAAACAGAAAGUCCAGCUUACCCUCUCCUGCACUGGUUUGAGAGAUGCUGAUUUCUUUUCUAAGUCUGACCCUCUUGUCACUAUAUUUGAUGAAUUCAACAAUGAGUUGGGACGCACAGAAUGUAUUGACAAUGAGUUGAAUCCUGUUUUUAAAGAAAAGAUUACUCUUGAUUACGACUCUUAUGAAGAACAAAAGUUAAUCAUCAAAGUUUGGGACAUUGAUGACUACGAAAAUGACAUUACCAAAGCAGAUUUUUUGGGUGAAAUCGCAUGCACACUUGAAGAGCUAGUAGAUUCCGGAGCAAAGUUUUCCAAAGCUCUCAGAUACGAAGGCACUGACUACGGAAAGAUCUUCAUAAAAACUGAAAAGCUUAAUCCACCUCCUCAAAAAGCUGCUAAAAAAGGCAAGAAGGGGAAGAAAGGGAAGAAAGGGGAGAAAGGGGAAGAAAUUACUGCUUCUCAAAAGAAAAAUUCCAAAGAGAUCAAAAAUGAUACCUGGAUAAAAAGUGAGGUGACAGAAGUAAAAAGUGAGAUGGCAGAAGUGGACGAUACGUUUAAAUCCGUUAAGUCGGAAGAGGAUGAAACUAGGGAUGAAGAAAUAGAGGAAUCUUUAGCGAUGGGUCCUUCAGAUACGAUGAUGACGCAAGGUUUUAUACCCAGUGCAGAGAGGUACACUCCAACUGACGAACAGGAGUCCAAGUUUACUCCCGUUGAGCACCCCAUCCGUCAAGCUGCAGGAAGUGGAGGCUAUCUCUCAGACCCCGGCAUAAACGACUCAGACGAGCAAUUCAAAUCAGCUAACGGGUCUAAACCAUUCCACUUCAUUCCCACGAAAAGCUUGCAAACCUUAUAG